ACGUUUUUGAGAGAGAGAACCAUUUGACUCUCUCUCUCUCUCACACACACACACAGCAUAUGAGAGAGAGAGAGAAAGAUACAGAAACAUACGAGGUGUAAAGAAGGGAGAGAAUCAGGAGAUAGAAGAGGGACAGAAGGAGCGUGCCGUUGAGUUUUGUUGCUAUAGACACACGAGGACGAUUACUAGAAGAGAAUCUCACAGUACUUCCGGGUCAAGGAGCAGUACAGCACUGGUGUACACACGGUUCUACGUGAGUCUUCAAAACGGCUUUUCAUGACGAAGUGGUUUUCGUGUCCGAGAAGACAGGAAGAUACAACACCGUGGCAAAGGUCUUUAUUGAUCAGGAUCAACGUCUGGCCCUACAGAGGGAGAUAGACAAGGAGUCCCUGUCCACGGUUUCGGUCAGAUCACUGAUGGUCCAAGCCGACACAGGCAACAGGAUGGUUACCAUGAAGAAGACGAACAAGAAGACUGGGAAGGACACCCACGCUGAGGAAGAGAUCUCAGAAAACACUUCCAUAAACCAAGGGAAUAACGAAGGAGUGAAGAAGAAAAAGAAGACGAAAGUAGAGACUCUGGUAGAAGAAGAGCAGGUGUCAUCCAAUGGAGAAUGGGGGAAUACGGAAGAAGACCAGGAGAAACAGAAAGGGAAGAAGAAGAAGUUGUCGUCUGGGACUGACAUCAACGGUGAGGAAGCCAUGACUGAUGGAAAUGACAGAAGGUGCGGCCAGAAGAAGAAAAAACAUAAAGGUGUUAACACUGUUAAAACGGAGGUAGAGACAGAACAGAGUGAAUUAAAGGACGAGAAAGGAGUAGUGGAAAAUGGGCCGAAGAAAAAGAAGCUCUCUCAGGCAGAAGAGACAGAGAUCAGCGUUGUCAAGGCACAGGAAGGAGAGGUGAUAGAAAUAAAGGAAGGCAAGAAAAAGAAGGGAAAAACAGAAGAAGAAAAGAAAGUGAAAAAGAUCCCUAAAGCUGCUGAACCAACUGAGGAGAGUCAGGAGGAGGAAGAGGGGGAGACGAAGAAGAAAAAGAAGGGUAAGAAGAGAGCAAUCGCAGAGAAAGAGAGCGAAGAGGCAGAGAAAGAAGUGAUAGUAAAGAAGAAGAAGGGAGCUGAGGCUACAGUAGCAGUACAGGAGGAGGAACAGAAUAACACCAAAAAGAAAAAGAAGAAACUCAAGUCCUCCAGCAGCGCUGCAGACACCACCAUGGAGACGGAAGGAAAGGAGGAGGGCAAGAUGAAGAAGAGAAAGGCCUCUGCACUAGCAGAGAAGGAGGAUGUGAUGGUGGUGGACAAGCGGAAGCCCAAACAGACGAAAAGGGUGGAUACGAAAGGAGUAGUGGAACAGGCGGAGGACGGAGAGAGCGAGGGAAGGAAAAAGGUAAAGAAGAGCUCCUCUGGGGUAGAGACAGAAAUGGAGGGCAGCACCCCUCACAAGAAAGGGAAGAAGAUUCCGACGAAGGGGAAAAAGAAGAUAAAGGUGGAGAGCUGCGCCCCUGAAGACCAGGAGAGGGACCAGACGGACGUGGUUUUCCUGUCGGAGACCAGGGGAAACGCCUUCGAGAUCCAUAUUGAUCAGGGGAGACGCCUGGCCCUGCAGAAUGAGAUCGACCAGAAGUCCAAUCCAGUCCAACUCAUAGCAGCACCGGUACCAUCGGGUUUGGGCCAGUGGGGCACUGCCCAAUUUGACAGUUCCGACCAACAUAGUAAGUUCCUGCGGUUGAUGGGCGGCUUCAAGAAGGGCGGGCAGCCAAUGGCAGCGAGCGGUGCGACGGGAGGGCGGACCAACAUGGCGCUGACUAAAGACGGACAGCAGAGCUUGCAGCAAGGCCUACUGGGGGAAUUUGAGCGCGCUCAGUCGCGCCGCAUGGACUUCACAGGAAGGGGGGCGGGACUUGGGUUCUCGGCGUCGUCCAAUAAGAAGUUCUCGAUUGACAUCAACAAAACCCGAUCGGUGCGCUUCGAUGACUGAGUCGGGACCCUUGAGUGUGUCUAGCAUCCCAAACGGAUGUGGAUGAGUGUGUGUACCUUUUCUCUUGCAGAGUCUUGGGACUGUCUGUCUGUGGAUGGGGUGUUUAUGAAUGUAUAUACGGUACCAGUCAAAGGUUUGGACACACCUACACAUUACAGGGUUUUUCUUUAUUUUUUACCUUUUUCUACAUUGUAGAAUAAUAGUGAAGACAUCAAAUAACACAUAUGGAAUCAUGUAGUAACCAAAAAAGUGUUUAACAAAUCAAAAUAUAUCUGAGAUUCUUCAAAGUAGCCACCCCUUGCAUUGAUGACAGCUUUGCACACUCUUGGCAAAUAUAUUUUGAUUUGUUGAACACUUUUUUUUGGUUACUACAUUAUUCCAUGUGUUAUUUCAUAGUUUAUGUCUUCACUAUUAUUCUACAAUGUAGAAAAAGGUAAAAAAUAAAAAACCUGAAAUGAGGUGUGUCCAAAGUUUUGACUGGUAACAAAAAUAUAAAUGCAACAGUUAUAAUGAGUUAGGCCCUACUCUAUAGAUUUCACAUGACUGGGCAGGGGUGCAGCCAUGGAUGGGCCUGGGAGGGCAUAGGCCCACCCACUGGGGAGCCAAGUCCAGCCAAUCAGAAAGGGAUUUUCCCCACAGAAAUGCUUUAUUACAGACAGAAAUACUCCGUUUUAUCAGCUGUCCGGGUGGAUGGCGAUACCGCAGGUGAAGACUGAACGUCGAGGUCCUGGGCUGGCUUGGUUACACGGGGUCUGUGGUUGUGAGGUUGGUUGGACGUACUGCCAAAUUCUCAAAAAUGACAUUGGAGGCUGCUUAUGGUAGAGAAAUGAACAUUCAAAUCUUUGGUAACAGCUCUGGUUUACAUACCUGUAGUCAGCAUGCCAAUUGCACACGCCCUCAAAAAACAUAUAUCUGUGGCAUUGUGUUGUGACAAAACGGCGCAUUUUAGAGUGGUCUUUUGUCCCCAGCACAAGGUGCACCUGUGUAAUGAUCAUGCUAAUUAAUGCUCACUAACAUGGAUGUUAAUGUGUGCACAAUGAUAGAUAACAUUUGUGUGUAUGGAACAUUUCUAGGAUCUUUUAUUUCAGCUCAUGAAACAUGGGACCAACACAUGUAUAUUUAUGUUCAGUGUAUAGGAGUACUGUGUGACAUAAAGCUGCUGACAUUGAUUGAA